UAAAUUUUCAAGCACACACAAAGAUAGAAAAAAAAAAAAAAAGAAAAAAGAUGGAAGAAGUGAAACUGUUUGUAGAAUAUGAUGAUGAUUAUAUGUUAUAUGCAUCAAUAUCAUCAUCAUCAGAAAUUAUAUGUUGUAGAAUAUGUCAUGAAGCAGAGUUUGAAAGUGCUAGAAAUUUAGAAGCUCCUUGUUCUUGUUCUGGGACUGUUAAGUUUGCUCAUAGAGAUUGCAUACAAAGAUGGUGCGAGGAAAAAGGGAAUACAACUUGUGAAAUUUGUCUUCAGAACUUUGAACCUGGCUACUCAUCACCUAUAAAACUUAUCCAUCAAGUAAGCUUGGAAGUGCCUGAAAGAGAGCUUAAUAAUGCUGCCAUAAUAGAACAAGAAGAAAACUUGCUUGAAACUGAAUAUGAUCAAGAGUGUUCAUCUGCAGCUGAUACAAGUGCUUCUGUAUGCAGAUUUUUGUGCCUCACUCUUACCAUUUUUCUACUGGCGAGACAUUCCUGUGCAGUGUUGAUAGGAGGGACAGGGGAUUACCCGUUUUCCCUCUUGACACUGUUACUUUUGAGAGCUACUGGGAUAUUACUCCCUAUGUACAUAAUCAUGCGGUCAGUUAAUGCCAUCUAUAACAGCAUCACACGUCGUCAUCAGAGAAUGACAGAAGCCAGCAGCAUAGAGUCUAUGUAGACUGAUUUAGGAUGGAUAUAUGAUAUCUCACGAUAUAGAUGUAUAGCUAUAUUGAAGCAGUGGAGAGUACAAUACGUCAGUAAAAAAAGUGAAGGCAUUUGCAAGUGUGUAUAUAUAGACUACGCAAACAGAGGUUGAUAGAAACCAAAUAUUGCAAGAAUAGCAAACAUGAUGCAUGUAUAUUGUAAUGCAAGUUUUAUUAAUGAAAUAUACAUAAUCUUGAAUCUGCAUA